AUGUCACAGGAGGGUGGGAAAUCAGAACCGGACGCCAACGAAAAAGAGCAACGGAACCAAAAAUUAAGGCUAGGCCUUGAGGCCAUGUUCUGUGCUCAAGAGAUACCUUCUGAGAAACGCACGGACAUUGAAAGUGACGGCGAGGAAGUGCCUCCAAGCAUUACUCGAGAUGAAGAUAGAUACCGUCAGGUGGCGGAGGCUAUUCUUAGGAUUGAUACGAAGAGCAAAAUCAUAGAGAUAAAUAAUAUUCGCCUGUUUUCAGUGGCUGAAAUUGAGCUUGACAAGUUGACUGAAUGCACAUCCCUUUCCUUGCGCAAGAAUCUCUUGCAUGAUCUUAUUCCGUUUCCUGAGGACCUCGCCGAUCGCCUUGAUGAGUUGGAUCUUUUCGACAACAAAAUUCGUAAGCUGAACGAUUUUUUCGAGACAGUAACAGUCCCUGGUGACCCGCCCACGACGAAAACACUCCCCAACGCAUACAAAUGUCUCACGAAAUUGGACCUAAGUUACAAUCAGAUUCGUGAAAUCGGUGGACUCGAUUCCAUCGGGGGUACGCUGAGAGAGCUUUAUCUGGUCGAAAAUAAAAUUAAAGAGGUUAAAAAUCUUGAUUCUCUGGUGAACCUUGAGUUACUUGAAUUAGGGGGCAACCGUUUACGUGCCAUCGGUUCCGGGUUGGAGAAGUUGACGAAGUUGAAACAGUUGUGGCUCGGCAAGAAUAAGAUAAGUUCCAUUGGUACCGCGCUUCACAAAUUGGUUUCGCUAGAGAUCCUUAGUUUGCAGGCAAACCGAAUUACCUCUGUUGAUGCGGAAAACUUCUUGGGAGCAAAGGCCAAUCCUAAUUUGAGGGAAGUAUACUUGUCCGAGAACGGCCUUACUUCUGUUGGGAACGUGCGACACCUAUCAACAAUCAAAAUUAUCGAUUUUAGUUUCAACUCGAUAUGUUCAAUCGACGCUGAAGAGAUCAAUCCGCAAACCAUGCCCAAACUUGAGGAGUUUUGGCUCACUGAUGGAAAUAUAGCAGAUUGGGAAGAGGUAGGAAAGUUAAGUGGCUUCACAAGCACUUUGAAGACCGUGUAUCUUGAGCGUAACCCAAUUGAAGAAGAUAAGAGGUACCGCGACAAGGUAUACAUGUACCUGCCCUUCUUGGUACAGAUUGAUUCAUGGCCAAUUGUGAAUAAGGGAAAUCUUGAAGCUGAUCGUAAGCGAAAAGCUUGA